AUGGUGAAGCUCAAGGAAAGAGGCAAAGGAGGCAGUUCAAGAAAACAGAAGAAAGAUCUCAGCAAGGUGACAUGCUACAACUGUAAAGAAACAGGGCAUUUUAAAUCUGACUGCCCUAAGUUGAAGAAGGAAGAAAAGCCGAAGAAAGGAAAGAAAAAGGGACUGAUGGCAUCAUGGGAGGAUCUGGAAAAUGAUUCAGAAGAUGAUGAAGAAUCCGAAACCAAGUCUCAACCUUGUCUUAUGGAUGACCACGUUGAACAGUUUUAUCUCAUAGGAAAACAGGAGAUAAAAAUCAGGGAGUAUUGGAAGAGCUAUGAUCAAGGGAGAGACUGCGCAGAAAUUAAUCCUUAUGGGCGCCACCAAAUUUCUUUGACCCCACUUUGA